AAUAUUAUAUUCCUAUGUAAUUUGUAUAUAUAAUAGAUACCUUUGGAUUGCAAUUGUCAUCGAGAAUCUCUCAACAUCUCAAGUUACAUCUGUUCUCAUCACUCUUUUAAAAAUAUAUUGAAAAUUUCUGAAGCUUUUCAAUAAUUUUCUCGAGCUAUGACCGCCCAGAAAUCUGUGUUGCAAUUGAGUGUUCACGAGGAACGAAUCAGGAAGAAAGUGUGGGCGACCGUUUCUAAAUUUUCAGGGGUUACUUCGAUAGCAAUGGAUGACAAAACCGGAAAAAUGACAGUAGUUGGUGAAGUUGAUGUACCGAUUAUCAUAAAGAAGCUAAGGAAGAUAUGUAAUGCAGAGCUUGUUACGGUUGAAGUUGUUAAAGCACCUGAGAAAAAGCCUGAACCAGAGAAACCGACUCCAGAUAAACCGGCCGAAAUGGUUGCCUUCCCUGUUAUGCAUUUUAACAACCCGUACCAGUAUCAUUCGUCCUAUGCUAAUUCUUACUAUCAACCAUGCGAUAAUUACAGAGUUGUGGUGGAGGAACCAAAUACUUGUGUGGUUAUGUAAUUUUCUACUUCUCUUUCAAUAAAUUCAGUUUUGGUCUAUGGAACACUAAAUUUUAUGGAAGAGUGUAUUUUUUGUUUACUUUUAUAUAAGUGUUCUUGUUUGAGUUUAUUUAUAAUAAAAAAAUCAAUUUCUGUA